CUCGAUGUGGGUAUCCAGGACAACACGAUCACAAACACGCCCUCAGACAGAAAAAGAGAGCUGAACGUUCGUUAUUCCAGUUGAGAAAUGUUUUAUUAUUUAAUAUGAAUUAUAUUAAAUGGAAUUAGUUCUUCUUCGGUUAAUACAAACAUAGUUUGAAGUGUAAACUUACUGCUCAGCCGUACAAAAUGGAAGAGGGAUCAGAAGAAACAGAAAAUAACACACUGGUGGAAAACACUAAAACGUCUGAGGAUCCAACUCAGGUAGCGAGUGCUCAGAUCGGAGAGGAAGAACCUGAAAGUGCACUUCAUAUUAUCUCAGAAGCUUUUGAGAAUGAUGUGGAAGAGCAGAGCUGCCCACAAGACAUGUCCAUAACACACAUUGGUGAGUCAAGUGGACCAGCUGAAAUAGAGUCUGGGCAAUCUAUGGUAACAGAGGAAGAUGUUGGGCCAGAACCCCUAAUAAUUGAGACCAUGGAGGACACUGAGGGUCCUGAAAUAGAACAUCUAAUUGAAGAACUUGAGUCAGGUGAGGGCAUCCUGACAGCUGAGGAAGAGGAAGAAGAAAACAGAUCUCCAGUGUCCAACCCAUGCAUGCCAGAGAAAGUGAGGUCCAGCCCUCCCGGCGAAUCAUUGGUGCCUGCAGAAAAGGAGGAGGUUGGCUUCAACAUUACCUUUGAGGAACAAAUGGACCUACUACAUGAACUGCAGGCAGAGCAUGACAAUCUCAGCAAGCUAAACGGUCAGCUGCAGAACAAAAUAGCAGAACACCUCAGUAAGAAGACAGCUGAUGAUGAACACCCCAAAAUGGCAAAAGAGAUCUCAGUCCAGGAGCAGUACCAAGAGUGCAUGGAUCUCAUGGAGGACCUGAAAUUGCAGCAUCACCGUAGGUCAGAACUUUACCAACAGCAGACUGUAGAGCUGCACCAGCAAAGCCAAGAGAAACUGAACCAGGUGAAACAAGAGUUGCGAUUAUUUGCCACACUGAAACAUGAAGUUGCCUUGACAGCACUGACUGGUAAAGUGGGCAAGCGGGCAGCACUAGCCAAGUUGGAGCAGCUACAUGCAGAGGAACAGAAGCAGGAAGAUGAGCUGGCAUAUGUGCGUCUGAACAACAUCAAGCUCAAGAACAAAAUAUGCAAAUAUGAGGCUGCGCUUCAUUCCAAACAGGAAUUAGCUGAUGGCUUGCUCCUGAUGGAUUUUGAGCAGCUCAAGACAGAGAAUCAGACAUUUAAAGCAAAAUAUAAGGAGCGCAGGGAGGAGCUUCUUAGGUUAAAAAAGAAGGUUGCCUGCUCUGUGCAGGGCAUUAGCCAUGUGAAAGAGAAGCUGAAUUUUCUUCAGAUGGAGAAUGAGGCCAAACGCACUCAUCUGGCAGAGGCAGAAGCAUUGGUGGCUCAUAAACGUGACGUGCUGACUCGCACCCGACAGGCUCGUGACAGUCUGCGUACAGAUAACCUUAAGCUGCAACAGCGCUGUGGCCUGCUGGGGAACACCACAAUGCUUCGAGACUUUGAGGAGAAGGUGGACACAUCUGAAUUCCUGCAGCAUAGACUAGAGAUGCUAAAGAGACGCCACGCUGAACUCAUACUUAAGUGUGCUGGUGUGAAGCAGAAGAUAGAGCAAAGCAAACCAGAGUACAAAUGACACAAAUAGACAAUGCAUGCACCUUAAUGAAUUAUGUGUCUGUUGAAUUUUUCUUAUUGUCUCAUGUGUGUCUUGACAAAGCAUAACAUUGUAUGCAAUUCAUUAAAGUUUAUACAAAAGUUUGUUUAAAUAGAUGUUGUCUAGUAAGUACAGUUGUGUUCAAAAGUUUGCAUACCCUUGGAGAAUUGGUAAUAUAUGUACCAUUUUUAAAGAAAACAUGAGUGAGCAGGCAAAACACAUUUCUUUUAUUUCUUAUGGGAUUCAUAUUCAACUGUAGGUUAUAACAGAAUGGCACAAUCAUAAAACAAAACAUGGCAACAAAGAAAAAAAUGAAAUGACCCCUGUUCAAAAGUCUGCAUACCUUUAGUUCUUAAUACUGUGUAUUGCCCCCUUUAGCAUCAGUGACAGCGUGCAGUCUUUUGUAAUAGUUGUCUAUGAGGCCACAAAUUCUUGUAGGUGGUAUAGCUGCCCAUUCGUCUUGGCAAAAUGCCUCCAGGUCAUGCAAAGUCUUUGGUCGUCUUGCAUGAACCGCACGUUUGAGAUCUCCCCAGAGUGGCUUGAUGAUAUUAAGGUCAAGAGACUGUGAUGGCCACUCCAGAACCUUCACCUUUUUCUGCUUUAACCACUGGAGGGUCAGCUUGGCCUUGUGCUUAGGGUCAUUGUCAUGCUGGAAAGUCCAAGAGUGUCCCAUGUGCAGCUUUCGUACAGAAGAAUGCAAAUUGCCAGUAUUUUCUGAUAACAUGCUGCAUUCAUCUUGCCAUCAGUUUUCACAAGAUUCCCCGUGCCUUUAGAGCUCACACACCCCCAAAACAUCAGUGAGCCACCACCAUGCUUCACAGUGGGGAUGGUAAUCUUUUCACUAUAGGCCUUGUUGACCCCUCUCCAAACAUAGCGCUUAUGGUUGUGACCAUAAAGCUCUAUUUUGGUCUCAUCACUCCAAAUUGCAGUGUGCCAGAAGCUGUGAGGCAUGUCAAGGUGUUGUCGGGCAUAUUGUUACCAGGCUUUUUUGUGGCAUUGGCUCAGUAAAGGCUUCUUUCUGGCAACUCGACCAUGCAGCUCAUUUGUUCAAGUAUCGUCAUAUUGUGCUCCUUGAAACAACCACACCGUCUUUUUCCAGAGCAGCCUGUAUUUCUCCUGAGGUUACCUGUGGGUUUUUCUUUGUAUCCCGAACAAUUCUUCUGGCAGUUGUGGCUGAAAUCUUUCUUGGUCUACCUGACCAUGGCUUGGUAUCAAGAGAUCCCCGGAUUUUCCACUUCUUAAUAAGUGAUUGAACAGUACUGACUGGCAUUUUCAGGGCUUUGGAUAUCUUUUUAUAUACUUUUCCAUCUUUAUAUAGUUCCAUUAUCUUGUUACGCAGGUCUUUUGACAGUUCUUUUCUGCUCCCCAUGGCUCAGUAUCUAGCCUGCUCAGUGCAUCCACGUGAGAGCUAACAAACUCAUUGACUAUUUAUACACAGGCACUAAUUGCAAUUUAAAAAGCCACAGGUGUGGGAAAUUAACCUUUAAUUGCCAUUUAAACCUGUGUGUGUCACCUAGUGUGUCUGUAACAAGGCCAAACAUUCAAGGGUAUGUAAACUUUUGAUCAGGGCCAUUUGGGUGAUUUCUGUUAUCAUUAUGAUUUAAAAAGGAGCCAAACAACUAUGUGAUAAUACAUGGCUUCAUAUGAUCACUAUCCUUAAAUAAAAGACAGUUUUUUGCAUGAUCAGUCAUAUUUUCAAAAUCAGUGCCAAAAUUUCACACUUUCUGCCAGGGUAUGCAAACUUUUGAGCACAACUGUAUGUGGUGAGCAUAAGAAAGAAACAAAGAAAUAUUGAAUAUUACUUUGAAUUGUUUUCUCAAAUUAUAGUAAUUUUUUCUUUUCGCUAUUGUCAUGGUACCAAUAGAUGGCGU